AGUUGGCCGUCUGGCUCCAGAGGCGUAGAACUGCUUUAGUAAUUUUAGUAGCUGCAUCAGCCUCGUUUUUUGUGGCUUGAUGACCAAAGAAGCCCAGAAACCAGUGGUCAAGGUGGCAGUAAUCGGCCUAGGCCGAGCAGGACAUUUCCACCUGCAGUCCAUCACGGACCUGCCACAAGCGGUGAAGCUAACCUGGGUCAUUGAUGUUGACAAGGAGAAGGCUCAGCGGAUCGCAGCCGAGAGGGGUUGCAACUGGUCGGACCAGUUGGAUGAAGCUCUAAAAGGUCCAGAUGCGGUGGAUGCUGUUGUGAUCGCCUCGGCAACGGACACCCACUUCCCGUAUAUCAUGCAGGCCCUUCGGGCUGACAAGGCUGUCUUGGCGGAGAAGCCCAUCUCACACGAGUUGCACGAGGUCGAGGAAGCAGUUGAGUUGGCAAAGACCAAGAACCUGGCUUUUGUUUGUGGCUACCAGCGACGUGCAGAUCGCCACUUCCGUGAGUUGAAACGUCAAUUAGAUGCAGGAGCUAUUGGGAACCUGAAGCUGCUCAAAACUUGCAGCCGAGACAAUCCCAUUCCUCCCAUGGAAUACCUCCGCACCAGCGGCGGAAUCUUUCAUGACAUGCUGAUCCAUGACUUUGACAUGCUUGACUUCCUCAGUGGUGGUCAGGUACCAGAAUCUGUCACAGCCACUGGGCACAGCUACCACCCCGAAAUCGAAGCGAUGGGUGAUGUCGACAUUUGUGCAGUGAUGUUCAAAUAUGCCAGUGGUCUGAUUGCAAUGGUGGACACUUGUCGAAACGCUUCCUAUGGCUAUGACCAACGCAUCGAGGCGUUCGGUGAGCGUGGCAUGUUGACAGCCAAGAACGAGUUGACCAGCACUGUCGAACUGGCAAAAGCUGACGGUCACAGAAUGCCAUCUGCAUUGUACAGCUUUCCUCAACGAUAUGUUCAGGCCUACAAGUCUGAGCUCACUGAGUUCAUCGAACUCGUGCAGGCCGGUCGAGAUAGCGAGCUGCAUCGCUUGGAGCAGAAGGCCAUGUUGAGACAUCCCAAUGUCGUACGCACCACCAUCGCGGCGGAGAUGUCAUGGAAGCAAGGGAACACUAUGGAAAUUGCCAAGGUCGAUUCCUUGUUGACCAGGACGCCGGAUGGCGCGGUGGCCACCAAAGUGGAUGACAUGCAGCGCCCCGAGAAGCUCCGGCGCCUUGACAUCGUUGAGGAGAUGCUGUCCAAGUACGAGAAGCACUGUAUGCAGACAGUGGCUUUUGUGAAGGAGCAGCACGAGAGAUGGCUGAAGUUUGACAAAGGUGAGCUGAGCGUCUUUGAGGCGCUGCAGAUCCUCUCGGAUCUGGGGGAUCGCCGUGGCCUCCAAGCGGCCGAGCGAUGUCGUGGCCAAGGGGCACCAGACUGGCUGCAGCUGGUGGCCUUGAUCCAUGACCUGGGGAAGGUCAUGGCGCUGCCGCAACUGGCCGGCAAGGACCUCUUGGAUGAGUGGGCAGUGCUCGGAGAUAGCUUUCCGGUGGGCUGUGCUCCAGACAUGGUGGGAUUGCCUGACAGCAAGAAGAAUCUCGACCACAGCCACCCGCUCUACGGCACUAAGAACGGCAUCUAUCAAUCUGGCUGUGGCAUCUCAAACCUGAUGAUGUCGUGGGGAAAGGAUGAGUACAUCUACCACAUGCUGAAGUUCAAUAAGUGCACACUUCCAGCUGAAGCCUUGAACACCAUCCGAUUGCAAUCCUUUUCCCUGUGGCAUGAGAAGGGAGCUUACAGCCAGUUUGAAGCAACUGAAGAUGCAGAGACUCUGAAGUGGGUCAAGGAACUCAACCAGAUGUGCAGAUCCGACCGAACUGGAGACGACCAACCUGCGGGUUUUGGCCAAGCCGACUGGAUGGUGGAGCUGCUGAAGAAAUACAACAUGGAUGGCAAGCUCAAAUGGUAAGUUCCGGAUUUACCAUGGAUUUACCACCUCCGAUUGCAAGAUUAAAGACAUUGGCCAUUGGCGAUGGCCAGCUGGUAAUUCAUGGUGGUCUGGCAAGUUUCCAAGAGGUUCUGUCCCCUUGGUCCCCUGCACGAUCUGCACGCAAUCUGCCAGUCCAUCUCAAGAAUUGUGUUCGGUAGUGUCUAUCCAUUUGAAAUGUGCUGGUUGCAUCUGGUUGCUACAAAUUCAUUCCCUGAAUUUGGCCAGUUUGUCGGUCCGCUCGAGCCUUGGGAGACUCGCAGCCGCCACGGUUGCUUGAGGCUUCUUUGAGGCCUAAAAUAAAUUCGCAAAUUCGAUGCGAAAUUCGACCAUGAGCAACCAAGCUUUUGCGCCAUUUGGAGGCAGUCCAUGACAUCCGGACGUAUUUCAUCUCGCACGAGUUUUUGUAGGACGCUGCUGUGACAAUUUGAAGCGGUUCCAGUAGCGCAUCAAGAAGCCUAAGGCACUCGUUAUCAUCGUGAUCAAA